CACCUGUGAGUGUAACUGUCUACCGGUUCUUAUCUACCUGUCUGGUGUUAAGAUGACCCUUAUUUCAUGGCAAAUUAUCUUGAGCGUGUAAUGAAUAGAAUAUGUUAUCAUAUACUUGAAUUUUUUUGGAAAACAAGAAGAAAGACAUAAACAUGUCCUUUCUUAGAACUUUGUUUACAUUUUCCUGUGUCGUGGGCGGGGUCGCUGUGCUGUUAUCCCUGGAUAUUUUCAAACAUCAGAGAGAACAGCUGUUUUCAUACAUUCCAAAAAGUCUUAGGGACCGCUUAUUUGGUGGCUCCGGAAUCCAUUCCAAUGACAAACUUUUCACAGUUGUUGAGUUGGAAAAAUAUCGGGGUGUUGACGGAAGCGAUAUUUACCUGGCCGUUCUGGGACAAGUCUUUGACGUCACAAAGGGUAGGAAACACUAUGGACCAGGGGGAACCUAUCACUUCUUCACAGGAAAUGCUGGCACGAGGGCCUUUGUAUCAGGUGAUUUCACAAAGGAAGGAUUAAAAGAGGACCUCACAGGAUUGUCCCUCCAGGAAAUCCAGGGAAUAGCAGGCUGGGUCGACUUCUACAAACAGCAGUACACAUAUCUAGGAAAACUAAUUGGGCAUUUUUAUGACGAACAUGGCAAUCCAACCGAAGCCCUGGAGGAAUUCAAGGGAAGACUCGUAGAAGCCCAAAAGAAGCAGGAUGAAGACAAUGAAGACUUACGGAGAUUCCCGCCAUGUAACUCCGAGACAAAAGUCGGGAUCAGCAGACGAUUGUGGUGUACAGAGAACAGUGGUGGCAUAAAACGAGAUUGGAUCGGAGUUCCUAGACAGUAUUUCCAGCCAGGUCAUUCACAAGCACGUUGUGCGUGCGUCAGAGAUAGUGGCCCGCCUUCUUUAGGAAGCGGUUCUUCCAACAACGGCGACUUAGAUAAUCCAAAUUUGAAACUAUAUGACGGAUGCGAACCAACAGCAACAUCCUGUAACUUUAAAGAUUAAACAAUUAAAACAUG